GGAAGAGAGACUAGAGACUACUAGAGAGACUAAUUUAUGAAACUUUACUUCAAGCAAGAACUUAGCUCUGUUUCAAGGUGUUAAAAGGAAUCAUCUUUUUAGACUCGUUGAACCAUCUUCAUGGAAGAAGAAAGAGGAAGCCUUUACGAGGAGAUGGGUUGUUUCGAUCCCAACACUACGGCUGAAGUUACGGUUAAGAGCAGCUUCUCUCAAGCCGAACCACCACCACAACCGCCGCAGGUUCUUGUCGCCGGAAGCACAAGCAACAGCAAUUGCAGUGUUGAAGUAGAAGAGCUGUCUGAAUUCCAUCUCAGCCCACAAGACUGUCCUCAAGCUUCUUCAGCACCUCUCCAGUUUCACAUCAAUCCUCCUCCUCCUUGUGAUCAAUUCCAUAAUAAUAUGAUUCACCAAAUGGCUACAACGCAUCAGCAACACUCUGAUUGGGAUAAUGGGUAUCAAGAUUUCGUCAAUAUGGGUCCAAACUCUGCCACAACUCCUGAUUUGCUUAGUCUCUUACACUUGCCUAGAUGCUCAUUGCCUCCUCCUCAUCAUCCUUCUUCUAUGCUUCCUAACUCAUUCUCAGACAUCAUGUCUUCUUCUUCUGCUGCUGCUGUCAUGUACGACCCACUCUUCCAUUUAAAUUUCCCUAUGCAGCCUCGAGAUCACAACCAGCUCAGGAACGGGUCUUGUUUACUUGGAGUUGAAGAUCAGAUUCAGAUCGAUGCUAAUGGUGGAGUGAAUAUGAUGUAUUUUGAAGGAGGCAACAACAACAACGACAAUGGUGGAUUUGACAAUGGGGUUCUCGAGUUUAACACUGGUGUUACUCGUAAAACAAGAAGAUCAAAGAAGUCUACAACUUCCCCUACAGAACGUGAAAGAAGAGUUCACUUCAAUGAUCGUUUCCUCGACUUAAAGAAACUCAUUCCAAAUCCCACAAAGAUCGAUAGAGCAUCCAUUGUUGGAGAGGCAAUAGAUUACAUCAAAGAGCUGUUAAGGACAAUAGAGGAGUUUAAGAUGCUUGUGGAGAAGAAGAGAUUUGGGAGAUUCAGGAGCAAGAAGAAAGCUCGAGUUGGCCAAGGAGAAGGAGAAGAUCAAGAAGAAGAAGAGGACACUGUGAAUUACAAGCCACAAAGCGAAAUAGACCAAUCUUGUUUCAACAAGAACAACAACAACUCACUGAGAUGUUCCUGGCUUAAGAGGAAAUCCAAAAUAACUGAGGUCGAUGUACGCAUAAUCGAUGACGAAGUAACCAUCAAGCUCGUCCAGAAGAAGAAGAUUAACUGUCUGUUGCUCACCACCAAAGUUCUUGACCAGCUUCAGCUUGAUCUUCACCAUGUUGCAGGUGGACAAAUUGGUGAGCAUUACAGCUUCUUGUUCAACACUAAGAUUUGUGAAGGGUCUUGUGUGUAUGCAAGUGGAAUUGCAGACACAGUGAUGGAGAUUGUGGAGAAACAAUACAUGGAAGCAGCUGUUCCAAGCAACGGUUACUAGUUUUUCCAGACACACUUGUGGGGUUAAUUGCGUUCUAAUAACUUUGGUGUACUCCCUAAUGAGUGAUUAAGUUUAGUCACUUUGGUAAUUUUCAAGUUAUUCAAUCUAGAGUUAGAGCUAGUACUGAUGAGUCUCUUCGUUUGGAAUUAGUCUAACUCUAUAUACUGCCAGUUUUAUUGCU